UGUCCGACAAUUUACUGCACUGCUGGAAAUGCUCUAGUCCCACCGCAACCCAAUAACCGUUAUGGAGAAAUGGAACUGCUGGACAAGGGAUUCUCUAGGAAACACUCAGGCUGGGGCUGAGGUCCUGCUGAACUGGCUCACACAGACGCGCUUCUUCAGCAUUGUUGCAACUAACACUUGGAGUGAAAAUGGGGGAUUUUCAGGUUUCCCGGGACUACUUGACCUUUGAAGGAAUGCGAGUGCCUUCCAAUGUCCAUACAGUGGAGAGCUUAACUUAUGCUUGGAAAGAGUUUGUGACGCGCAACGAUGAUGUUUUUAAUGUAACGUUCCCGAAAUCAGGCACGACUUGGAUGCAGGAAAUCCUAACACUCAUUUAUAGCAAUGGAGACCCUGCCCCAGUAAAGACAGAGUAUAGUUGGGAUCGUGUUCCCUGGCUAGAACAAUAUACCGGCCGAAGCAAAUUGGAGAACAGACCGUCCCCUCGGCUCAUCACAACGCAUCUCCCUUUUCAUUUAUUUCCACAAUCUUUCUUCAAGACAAAGGCCAAGGUUAUCUACACCAUACGAAAUCCAAAAGAUGUCUGCGUGUCUCUGUAUUUCUUUUCCCUGAUUGCUCAGUUCCUGGAAUACAGGGAAGAUUUCCAGGAGUUUGUCUCCUUAUUUCUAAGUAAAGACAUGUUCUAUGAUGGUUGGUUUGAUCAUGUGAAAGGUUGGCUGCCAUUUAAUGACAACCCCAAUUUUCUUCUUUUGACAUACGAAGAUAUGGCCAAAGAUCUAAAAAGCAAUGUGAUUAAGAUCUGUCAGUUUCUUGGAAAGGAGUUGGAUGAUGCCGCCAUAAAUUCUGUAGUGGAAAAUUCCUCUUUCAAAGCAAUGAAGGACAAUGAGAUGUCCAACUACAGUGCCGUGCCUGACUAUAUAUUCAGCAAAGCCAAAGGGUCGUUCCACAGAAAAGGUAUCACUGGAGACUGGAAAAACUAUUUUACUCCGGAACGAGAAGAAGAAUUUAAUAAGAUUUACCAAGACCUCAUGAAAGACGUCAACCUCCAGUUUUCAUAGACUGAAUUGCAUUCAUGUAUUUGAAUAUUUGGAAUAGCGCAAUAUGUACAUGUUUCUAUUAUAUUUUCAUAGCUUUUUCUACUAGGAACAAUGUAAUAUAAUAAGUUAUGGAUGUAAAAUGAAAAUUGACCUUACUUUAUGUGAAUGUGAGAGGGAAUUUAGACUGUAAGCUCUGCUGGGGCAGGGAUUGAUGUGAAUGAUGUAUAAUCUCUGUGAAGUGCUGUGUAAAUAUGUUGGCACUAUAUAAAUAAAGGAUGGUAAUAAAAUAAUAAAGGAUAUGGUGGAAUCUAAG